GCCGACGCGUCGGCCAUUCCCAAACGGCUUAAACCCACUCUCCCCCAUCCCCACACAAACCCUAGCAAUGGCGGCGGCCAACCUCCUCUCCCGCUCCCUCGUCCCCUCGCUGACCCCCAACCCCGGCAGCCAACCAAGCCGCAGCCGCGCCGCAUCCGUCUCCCUCCGCCGCCGUCACGGGCCCGCGGCCCCCCUCCGCGCCUCCCUCUCCACCGCCUCCCCGUCCACACGCGUGGCCAUGGGGGAGGCGCCCAAGCACUGCUUCCAGCGCGGCGCCGACGGCCACCUCUACUGCGAGGGGGUGAGGGUGGAGGACACGAUGGCAGCGGCCGACAGGACCCCGUUCUAUCUCUACAGCAAGCCGCAGGUCGUCCGGAAUUUCACCGCCUACGACAAGGCGCUCCAGGGGCUCCGCUCAAUCGUGGGGUACGCGGUGAAGGCCAACAACAACCUCAGCGUGCUGCAGCUCCUGCGUGGGCUCGGGUGCGGCGCCGUCCUCGUCAGCGGCAACGAGCUCCGCCUCGCGCUACGGGCGGGAUUUGACCCCACCAGGUGCAUAUUUAAUGGAAAUGGAAAGACACUGGAAGAUCUUAUUUUAGCCGCAGAGAGUGGAGUAUUUGUAAAUAUAGACAGUGAAUUUGAUUUGGAGAAUAUUGUCGCUGCUGCAAGAGUUGCAGGAAGGCAAGUGCCUGUUUUGCUCAGAAUUAAUCCAGAUGUGGACCCACAGGUUCAUCCCUAUGUUGCCACUGGAAACAAAACAUCCAAAUUUGGGAUUCGCAAUGAAAAAUUGCAGUGGUUCUUAGACUCUAUUAAAUCAUAUUCAAAUGAUAUCAAACUGGUGGGUGUUCAUUGCCAUCUUGGAUCUACCAUUACAAAGGUCGAUAUAUUCAGAGACGCUGCAAAUCUUAUGGUGAACUUUGUUGAUGAAAUUCGAGCACAAGGUUUUGAGUUGGAGUACCUAAAUAUUGGAGGUGGUUUGGGGAUAGACUACCACCACACUGGUGCAGUCUUGCCUACACCUAUGGAUCUUAUCAACACUGUCCGGGAAUUGGUCCUCUCACGGGAUCUUACUCUCAUUAUUGAACCUGGAAGAUCCCUGAUCGCCAAUACUUGCUGCUUCGUCAACAAGGUCACUGGUGUAAAAUCUAACGGCACAAAGAAUUUCAUUGUAGUUGAUGGCAGCAUGGCCGAGCUCAUCAGGCCUAGUCUAUAUGGAGCAUAUCAGCAUAUAGAACUAGUUUCCCCCUCUCCAGGUGCAGAAGUAGCAACCUUUGAUAUUGUUGGGCCAGUCUGUGAAUCUGCAGAUUUCCUUGGCAAAGACAGGGAGCUUCCAACACCUGACAAGGGAGCUGGUUUGGUUGUCCACGACGCAGGAGCCUACUGCAUGAGCAUGGCUUCGACCUACAACCUGAAGAUGAGACCAGCCGAGUACUGGGUAGAGGACGAUGGGUCCAUCGUUAAGAUCAGGCAUGGUGAAACAUUUGACGACUACAUGAAGUUCUUUGAUGGUCUUCCUGCCUAGGUCCUUCUAUCUUGUUUUGGCCAAGCGCUAGCCCUUUCAUUUGAUGAGUGCUUCUCGUGGAAGAUUCGUGUGGGAAAACUAUUCAGGUGUAUGUUAUUUGGGUCAUCCCCAUCAAGCAUGGGUUUUUUUAUUUGUUAGAAUAGAGUCCAACAAGUUUAGUGAUUGUAUUAGAGAUUGAAUGGACUUACUGGACUCUUGUCAAUUCUUGUUUACGUUAUAAAGGGUCCGACCCCUCCCAAUAAAGUUAAAGAAUAUUGUCAUCGAA